ACACCUGCUGUGAUUGUCUUCCGUGUUUUCACACUUUUCACACAGAUGGCAGUAUACGCCGCGAGUAUUGAUUUUCCGGCUGUUGUAGGUAGUAAGUGGCGCUUGCCGGGAAAUCAAUAUUUAUUCUGGACAUAGUUCUGGAAAAGCAUUUCGCUCUUACGUUCGUGAAAAUUUGCCGUGUUCCGCGUUUUAUCGUAAAGAAAGUUACGUUCCACCUUUGAUUAGGAACUUACGCUAACCGGUGCAACGAUUAAAAUACGUGAUUGGAUAAACACAACUUACUAAUUUGACCUUCAGAGUUGCGCAUCGUGUGAAAUGAUUAUAAAGGGGUGAUCAAAAUUCACGUGACACUGUUGAUUGUUUCGCUUGAUAGUUUAUUUGCUGCUUUAUUAUGCGUUCGCUUGCCGCGGUUCAUGGGGUGGAUCCCUUGCCCGAAUUAGGCAUUCCAUCGGCCAUUCAACAUCAGGGUAACGGCAACCCGGACGGUGACAUGGCCGGCGCACAGGACACUAUCUACCUGUGUAAUUUCCGCGUUUCCGUCGACGGCGAGUGGCUUUGUCUGAAAGAACUUCACGACAUGGAAAUGCAGGAUUCGUUCCAUCGCCCAUCUGCUCAGGGCACCAUUACGUCGCCCGACGACCCGAUGAAUACUAUGAUGGCACGGGAUCCCGUUGUGAUCGAACGCAGCAAUCUAGUAAACAUCUCUAAACUGAUUGUGAAGGAGCUGAUCGAACAAUCUCUCCGAUAUGGUAGAAUGCUCGAUAGCGAUCACUUGCCCUUACAUCACUUCUUCAUUGUUCUCGAGCAUGUUAUGCGUCAUGGACUCAAGCCGAAGAAGGGAUUGCUUGGACCUAAAAAAGAGUUAUGGGAUAUCUUGCAAAUGGUUGAGAAAUAUUCGCCUGAAGCCGCUGAUAUUACGGCUAGCAUCAGAGAUCUUCCUACUGUCAAAACCGCCAUGGGUCGCGCCCGAGCUUGGCUGAGAUUGGCCUUGAUGCAGAAAAGACUCGCUGACUAUCUUCGUAUUCUCUUGGAACAUCGUGAAGAUACGUUAGAAGAAUAUUUUGAACCCCAUGCUCUAAUGCUCAACGAGGAAGCCGUCAUCAUUACUGGCCUUUUGGUGGGCCUGAAUGUCGUGGAUUGUAAUUUGUGUGUCAAGGAGGAAGAUUUGGACAGUCAACAAGGCGUAAUCGAUUUCUCGCUAUACUUACGUGGAAGUAACUCUUCCAAUGAUCUAGCCGGUAAUGGAAACAGUGACUCGGAACCGAAACAACGCCAUAUUACCACGAUGCUAGACCAGAAGAAUUACAUCGAGGAGCUCAACAGACACCUCAAUGCUACGGUGGCAAACCUUCAAGCUAAGGUUGAGACCUUGACAGCUACCAAUGCUCUUAUGAAGGAGGAUUUGGCUAUCUCCAAAAACACUAUGAUUCAGUUAGUAGAGGAAAACAAUCAACUGAAACAUGCGCUGGGGCAAGAUAUAACCAAAGACACGAGGAUGAAAGUGGUGGAAUUGCAAUCUGAUGAAGAGGAGAAACGCAGCGUGAAAAGUAUUGCUUCGGAUAAAUCCAAAAAUGAUAGCGAGGCCAGCAAGAAUUUGGAAGAGGAGAGAAAGAAAUAUUUGGAACUUCAAAGAGAAUUGGACUUGCAGAUUUCACUUAAAGCAGAAAUGGAGGUGGCUAUGAAAUUGUUAGAGAAAGAUAUACACGAUAAACAAGACACAAUAAUUUCGCUGAGAAGGCAGCUCGACGAUAUAAAACUAAUUAACCUAGAGAUGUACAAAAAAUUACAGGAAUGUGAAAGUUCCUUGAAACAUAAAACAGAGCUAAUAGCCAAAUUGGAAGCAAAGACUGAAUCAAUGGGCAGCACCAUACAUCAACUCGAUGAGAAGUUGCAAGAAGAUAAGUUAGCUAGGAAGAAUUUAGAAGAAAGUGCGCGCUCGCUGGGACAAAAGGCAGCCGCUGCGGAAACCAGAGCUGUGGCUGCGGAAGGAGAUCUUAGGAUAGAACGGGAAUGGAGAGUAUCUUUACAAGAAUCGAUGAUGCGGGAUCGCGAUAAGAUAUCAAUGUUGACACAAGAAGUGGAAUCCCUCAAAUCAAUAGGACAGAAAUACCUCUCACUACAAGAAGAGCAGCACGUCUUAAAAACACAAUAUAUAGAAGCGCAGAAAACUCUAGAAGAAGUAGGGGCUACGUUAAGCGAGAACAAAUUGCAAUUAGCUGAACUCUUGGAGAAAGAGGCACAAUCGCAGACUGUUGAAGAAACUCCUACGUGGACACAUGAUAAGGACGCCACGGCUUGUACGGCCUGUGCUAAGGAAUUCUCAAUCGCGAGGCGGAAACACCACUGCCGGCGGUGUGGCCACAUAUUCUGCGCGGCGUGCAGCGACAAGACAGUAGCGUUAACUGGCAACACCAAGCCCGUCCGAGUUUGCGACGCCUGCUACGCUGAAGUGAGGUUAACGUAGCUAACACAAUUAUAGGAUAGCUUCCAAUUAUUUGAAUUGACCAAAAUAACGCACUGAAAUAUUAAAAUCUGUGCGAUUGAAAUUACUGCCGGUGAAAUUCGGUAGACAAUACCGGGAAAUUUGGUAGACUCGGUAAAAAAUGAAGUUUGAUAUUAUAUUACGUUAUUGUGUGGACUCGGUUCAGUAGAACGCACGUAAAUUGUGUAUUCACAUUCAAAUGCAAAAAUGAUCAUGAGUGAGUUAUUAAAGCUCAUUUUUUUUCAAAAGGUCGUAAUAUGAAUCAGGUCAAUUUAAAAGUGCUCCAAAAUGAUGUGACAUGUUUGACCGCUAAGAAUGAGUGUUUGUGUGUCACAGUAGCCUUAAGACUGAUGAUAAUCUUCAGUAAACAUGUUUUGUUUACCAUUUUAACUAAACUUACGUUUUAAAGGAUCAAAUCAUGUAGCAAAACAAACCAAUACGCGCUCAAGUGUCUCUAUUCUAACGAUCCGGAGAUUAAAAUCAAAAAUCAUAAGCUCAGGCAUUUAAUUCACAUAAAGCUUGAAUAAAACACAAUCAGUUCAGUUAAACAGCUUUCUACGUGUGUUAUCUAGGCUUGAAAAUAUACAUUUAGUAACUGAAAAAUUCCACAUUCUAUUUUCAGUUAAUUGCCGAAAGGUUUUAUUAUUUGACCAACCGUUCUUGUUCAUAGAUUAAUAAUCAAUAAUGAUCAAUGUCUAUGGUUCGUAGAACAUAAUAUAGAACAAAUUAUAAAUUAAUAGAAAUAAUGACUACUGCAUAUAUAAAUGUAGGUAAUUGUCUUAGCCUAAAUAAUUCUCGGUCUUUAUCUAAAAAUUAAGACCAUGUUAUUUAUAGUACAAAACAACAUUAUUUUUUCUUAUUUUGUAAUAAAUACUAAAUCAAUUAUACUGAUGAAAUAUUCCAUUCGCAAAGUUUAUUUUAUAUAUUUUAUUAAAUUCUACGAAUAAAAUUAAAUAAUUAUUCGCGGCCAUUGUUGUCAAAAAUGCAAUUAGUUUGGUAAAAAACGAAUUUAAUCAUAUUAACCAUAAACAAUUGUAAUGAAAGUACAAGACACUAGCCUUUGGUAUGUGGCUUUGUUUUAUAAAAUGACAUUUCGUUUUUUUUUUUAACUAGAACUGUCUAAAGUAAAAGAUGUCCCGGAAUUUUUUAAAAGUCUUUUUUGUACUAAUUUAAAUAAUGCGCAUCAUUUUAACGUAUCAUACAGAUAAACUUCACGCCUAAUGGCUGGCAAAUUGAAUGUGUUGCAAACUCAACACUAUAUUACGUAUCCAUUUUAAUCCCUACUUAAAUAAGUGGGCGUCUAGGGCUUAUUAUUAUGUAUAGUAAAAUCAAAGUAAAAUGGAAGGUUCAUAGAUUAUUUGCCUUUAUGUAUUGUUGUCUAUGGAUCCUUGUUGUUAGUGAGGUGCUUCAGUUAUGAUGAAUAUGUAUAUUAUGAUUGUUAUCGAUAAACACGUAAUGAAUUAUUAUUAUUGUAAAUAUAUUAUUGUUUGUAUAAUAAUUAUGAAUACGUAAUCUGGACAUAAAAAUAACCGAAUUUAACAUA